AUGAUGUCCGAAUCGCCGGGCGGUCCGGAGCCGGAGAUGGGGUCGCCGGCUCCGGCUUUUAUUUCGCUCGGCAUGGUUGUGAUUGAUGAGCUCCGCUUUCCGGACGGGAGAGUUCUUCGCGACGUUCCCGGCGGUUCUGGGUUUUAUGGUACUCUCGGCGCACGCCUUGCCAUUCCGCAAAAUGAGUCUGCGAAUGUGUGUUGUGUCAUUACGGCUGGAUCUGACUUCCCGACUGCUGUGAGACAGCAGAUUGCGGGAUGGGGUGUCACCGUUCAUUAUGACGAGACGCCGGAUAGGCUGUCAACGAGAGGUCUUUUGGAAUAUGAGAAUGAUGCCUUUGGAAAAAAGACGUUUCGAUAUACUGUGCCACCAUUACACCCGAAUCUAGCCCGGCUUCCUGAACCGCUUCUUCGAUCCUCGGUGGUUCACACCCUAGCGACACCAGAAGAUCUCGAACGUCAUAUGGAAACCCUCACAAACCUCCGCGGUGAAAUGGAGAACCCAAGUUCCCUAAUCGCAUGGGAACCCUCACCUAUCAACAUUCACGACCGCGAGGCCGAGCACAUGAGAGCCCUCCACCUUUCAGAUAUCUGUUCUCCAAACGACCACGAACUCCUACGUAUGAAGGGCAUACACGAGGGCCCUGGGAUACCCUACAAUAGGGCACUUAUCGAAUACCAUGCCAUCAACCUCUCAAGUGAUAUCAAGGCAUCGGGGCAUUCUGCAUUGCUCAAGGAAGUGCGGAACAGACCGCGGGUCACGGUCAUCAGGUGCGGCGAACAGGGCUGUCUCACGAUUCCCCGGGGCGGCAACCCGAUAUGGCUGCCCCCUUUCUACGACCAUGGCUCUUCGAAAGUCCAAGACCCCACAGGCGCCGGGAAUGCGUUCCUCGGAGCAUUUGCAGUUGCUUUCGCGAGAACGGAUGACGCGGUGCUUGCGUCCGCGUAUGGGUCUGUGGCGGCCGGCUUCGUUAUCGAGCAGAUUGGUCCGCCUCGGAGAGAGGUCAUCGACGGCAGAGAGUGCUGGAAUGGGGAGGCGUUUGAGGAUAGGUUGAGGACAUAUCUGGACAAGGUCGCGACGUGGCCAACCGAUGGAGUACUGCAAAGCAAGUAG